UUUCAUUGAAAAAGAAGAAAAUCUGUCUUAGUUGAAAUCAUUGGCUUGCACAAGCAGCGAUACUAAGAUCCAUAAAUCUGGAACUCUCGUUUUCGUUCGGAAGCAAUAUGCCGCACACAAGGAUGGCGCACCAAGACACCCACAAUCCCACAAAGAGAAGAAAAUUCCAUCGCCGAAUUGCCAUGGCCCCACUUGGAAAGGCCACGGUUGGCAUGGCAAGAUCCGUGAUGGAGCAGAAAAAGGCUGCGUACCMCAAAACGUCCAAGAGACCACCCGCCCAUAGCAAAACUCCAGGGGAGACAAUCCGUGCCAGCUGGUGAAAGAAGAACAAGACGAGCGUAAAUAGAUUGAUGGGAAGGUACAUCUGGGCGAGCGCUGUCUUGUACUUGUCAUGUAAGUAAUUGAUUCCCGGCACCCCAAUGUAGAAACCUCCCGUCCAUCCCAGGAGAGGGAUUCCCACAAAGGUUGCAAUUGGCCAGAAAAGCCCAAUGGGCGCCCACCAGUUGUCAUAUUCGCGAAAGACUACUCGCUCUUGGGCCAGAAGAUGGGCGAGAGCAAAGCGUACUGCCAAAAGGAAGUAGACGGCUAAAAACACCCACCCGGCAAAUUUCGCCUUUACACCGUUGUCGCACGACAUGAUCCAGAAACAGAUCCAGUAUACCGAAGGCAGUAUUCCGGAAAUGAGGCACGCAAUGAUUCCCUUUUGUGUCUCAAAGGCAUCCGCCUCAGCGUGCUCCUCUUCUGUCUUGGCGUAUCGCUUCACAAAUUGGCAAGGCAAAGUAUGGUUUCCGGUCAAGAUGAUCUGCACAUAUCCCACGAGGCCGAACCGACGGAUCAGGUCAUGGGUCGGAGAAUAUCGAAAGCCAUUCCGAUCGGAGAAGAGCCACGAGGGCGAAUUCCAGGUAUCUGUGUCCUGAAGAAUAAUUUCGUCGAAAUCUUCGGGCGAAAAUUCUUCACACUUUCCUUCCAUGACAUGCUUGCCCAGAGUCUUAGCGAUUCCCUUCUUUUGGUGCUUGGAGCUCACGCAAACAACCGUGAGGAUGCCGACCUUCUUGCGAGAGAGACCAAUAGUCAAUGGAGAUUGGCCCAAAAAGUAUCCCACCACCUUGCCAUUCUCGUCGAGUGCCACAACUCCGAAAAACAGACAAUAAAACAAAGCUGCAAUAGAGCAGAGGACAUUUUCCGGAAAGGGGAAUUCCACAGCAGUCAAGAGGAGAACACCGAGCGCGUGCUUCUUUUCGUAGGGCACACAUCGUAUCCCUCGCGAGGUAUUGUCAUGGGCGAUCGGAAGACCGGUUUCUUCUUCUUGGACGGUUGGAUCCAUGAUUGUUUGGAUGAGUUGAUUUGAAUGAUUUAGCUCUAGAACGAACUUUUUAGAUUGAGUGCCAAUCUAUUUUGUGAUGCGAUGUGCUUUGCCGUAACUGGAAAAAAGAACCGCAGAAUCUCGAGCCACGAAUCAAAAAUCAUGCGGUUCGCUCUCACCGAACACGAAUCAAAUAUCAAGGGGUUCGCUCUCACCGAAAAAGAUAUAAAAGCUACGUAGUACUAAGUACGGGAGCCGUAGGAAAUGCAGCAACUAUCACACAUGCGCGCAUCUUGAAUAAGU